AUGGCUGAAGCCCUUAAGAGAGCUAAAGGUUUUAAAUCUAAAGAUCCCUUUUUCAUGAUUUGCAUGCGACCAUCAUUUGUUGGAACUAAGCUUAAUAUGAUUAUACCAUCUGUCUUUGCAAAACAUUACCUCCUCAGUACUAGUAAGCAUCAGGAUGUGAUCCUUAAGGUUCAGGAUGGAAGGACCUGGUCUAUGAAAUACUAUUUCAGAUCGCAUGGCAUGUCUCCAAAAACCAGAUUUGAGGGUGGUUGGAAGGCAUUUGCUGAAGACAAUAAUUUGAAAUUAGGUGAUGUUUGUGCCUUUGUUUUGAGAAAGAGUACGGGGAUAAUGUUGUUUGAAGUCGUUAUUUUUUGUGAAAAUGGAGUAACAAAUUCCCCUAUGUUACCAGAACUUAAUGUCAUGACAAAAGAAAGCCGAUCAAGUAAAGUAGAAUCUUGUAGCACCAUGAAGGAGCAAGCUCUUGAAAGAGCAAGUUGUUCUCAAACUAAAAGGCCAUCCUUCACAGUCACUAUGCGUGCAGUGUAUACAACUGGCCGUUGUAAUUUUUGCUUGCCAUACAAGUUUGUGGAGAAGUACAUUAGUAAGAAAGAAUGUGAGGUAAGGCUUUGGGUUUCAGAUGGUAGAUCUUGGUUUGUCCAAUUAAGGGUGAGGCAAAGAAAUGUGUUACCCAGAGCUGAAUUGUUAAGCCAUGGCUGGAAAGCAUUCGCACUGGACAAUAGUCUGCGAGCGGGUGAUAUUUGCACAUUUGAACUUACUAGCUGA